AUGUCAACGAAAAGCAGAACAUCCAGAUUUCAAAAGCGGGUCUCGUUUUCCGAAGAAGAAGAUGAACAAUGCUGGAAAGAGGAAAACGGCGGUUUGGAUGCACAUUACUUAAAAUCCGUAAAGACCAUCAGGGAUUCAUCGGGUUACUAUCGUUACAAUAUGAAACCAGCAGAGAGCUUUGGUCACCGAAGGAUGACCAUGCAGCGGGAGAAAGGCCGUCGGCAGGCAGUGCGGGGACCGGCUUUCAUGUUCAACGCCCGAGGCACCAGCCUCACCUCCGAGGAGGAACGCUUCCUGGAUGCGGCUGAAUACGGCAACAUCCCUGUGGUGCGCAAGAUGCUGGAAGAGUCACCAACUCUUAACGUCAACUGCGUGGAUUACAUGGGGCAGAAUGGGCUGCAGCUUGCCGUCGGCAACGAACACCUGGAGGUGACGGAGCUGCUCCUGCGGAGAGAGAACCUGGCACGUAUUGGCGAUGCCCUCCUGCUGGCGAUUAGCAAGGGCUACGUACGCAUCGUAGAGGCCAUACUGGCCCACCCAUCCUUCGUUACCAGUGAGCGACUCACGCGUAGCCCUUGCGAACUGCAGGACGACGACUUCUACUCGUACGACGAGGACGGCACGCGCUUCUCACCCGACAUCACACCCAUUAUCCUUGCCGCCCACUGCCAGAAAUACGAGGUGGUGCACAUGCUGCUCAUGAAGGGUGCGCGCAUCGAACGGCCACACGACUACUUCUGUAAGUGUGCUGAUUGCACCGAAAAACAACGCAAGGACUCCUUCAGCCAUUCUCGCUCAAGGAUCAACGCCUAUCGUGGGCUAGCCAGCCCCGCUUACUUAUCACUGUCCAGUGAGGAUCCGGUCCUUACCGCUCUAGAGCUCAGCAACGAGCUCGCCAAGCUGGCCAACAUCGAGAAGGAGUUUAAGGAUAAAAAGAACCAUAAAAAAGAGACCGGGCAGCACAAUUGCUUCUCCCUGAAUGACUAUCGCAAGCUGUCUAUGCAGUGUAAGGAUUUUGUGGUGGGAGUCCUGGACUUGUGCAGGGAUACCGAGGAAGUAGAGGCCAUCUUAAAUGGAGAUAUAUCGGCAGAGCUGGAGGAGGGUCAGCGCCACCGCACACUGCUGAGCCGAGUAAAACUGGCCAUUAAAUACGAGGUCAAGAAGUUUGUUGCGCACCCCAAUUGCCAGCAACAGCUUCUGACUAUCUGGUAUGAGAACCUGUCUGGUCUCCGGGAGCAAACUAUUGCAGUGAAAUGCUUGGUGGUAUUGGUGGUGGCUUUGGGGCUCCCCCUGCUGGCUGUAGGAUAUUGGUUUGCCCCAUGUAGCAAGCUGGGGAAGGUCUUACGGAGUCCAUUUAUGAAGUUUGUGGCACAUGCAGCGUCCUUCAUCAUUUUCCUGGGCUUGCUGGUGUUCAACGCGUCGGAUCGCUUUGAGGGCAUCACCACGUUACCCAAUGUGACUGUCACAGAUCACCCCCUCCAGAUAUUCAGAGUCAAGACCACACGAUUCACCUGGACUGAGAUCCUGAUCAUGGUGUGGGUUGCAGGAAUGAUGUGGUCAGAGUGUAAGGAGCUGUGGACAGAGGGGCCUAGGGAAUACAUUCUGCAGCUGUGGAAUGUUCUGGAUUUUGGCAUGCUGUCUAUUUUCAUAGCAGCUUUCACCGCUCGAUUCUUCGCAUUUCUCCAAGCCAUGAAAGCCCAGGAGUACGUGGAUGAAAAGAUCCACGCUCCCGACCUUUCUCUGGUUACUCUACCCCCUGACAUAAAGUACUUCACAUACGCAAGAGACAAGUGGUUGCCCUCAGAUCCUCAACUCAUCUCAGAGGGUCUUUAUGCCAUCGCUGUUGUCCUUAGUUUCUCGAGAAUAGCCUACAUUCUCCCUGCCAACGAGAGCUUUGGGCCUCUGCAGAUCUCCCUGGGUCGGACCGUCAAAGAUAUCUUUAAAUUCAUGGUGCUCUUCAUCAUGGUUUUCCUCGCGUUCAUGAUUGGCAUGUUCAUUCUCUACUCCUAUUACCUGGGUGCCAAGGUUAAUCCCGCCUUCACAACGGUUGAGGAGAGUUUUAAGACUCUGUUCUGGUCCAUAUUUGGUCUGUCAGAGGUGUCCUCUGUGGUGCUGAAAUAUGAUCAUAAGUUCAUAGAGAACAUUGGCUAUGUGCUUUAUGGGAUAUAUAAUGUUACCAUGGUGGUCGUGCUCCUCAACAUGCUCAUCGCAAUGAUCAACAGCUCCUAUCAAGAGAUAGAGGAUGAUGCUGAUGUGGAAUGGAAGUUUGCAAGGUCCAAACUCUGGCUGUCCUAUUUUGACAAUGGCAAAACUCUUCCACCACCUUUCAGCAUAGUACCCAGCCCUAAGUCCUUUUUUCAGUGCAUCAAGAAAUUGAUUAACCUCCUACGAUGUCGUCGGAGAAGGUUGAAGAAGGAUGUUGAGCUUGGCAUGGACAACUCCAAAUCGAGGUUGAACCUCUGCACUCAGUCAAACCUGCGCAUUGCUGAGUCUUACAGCUUCAACAGCAUUCUCAACCAGCCUACUCGCUACCAGCAAAUUAUGAAGCGUCUAAUUAAACGCUACGUCCUGAAAGCACAAGUGGACAAAGAAAAUGAUGAAGUCAAUGAAGGUGAACUCAAAGAGAUAAAACAGGAUAUUUCAAGCUUACGCUAUGAGCUCCUGGAAGAAAAAUCCCAGGCCACAGAAGAGCUUUCUAUGCUCAUCCAGAAACUCAGUGAUAAACUGAACCUGGGCCCAAAUUGUUGUGAGUGA